CUCUGUGUGCUGGGAUCUAGUUGAGAUAAGUCUCAAGUUCCCAUUUCGCUCUCAUGCUGCCUCUCCCACUGCUCUGUGAUCUGUGCACAUCUUUUUCUCACUUUCGCUUCAUUCUUUUACCUCUUUCCCAUCAGUAAGCAGCUGCUACAUCAGUUUGCUCUUUUUGUAAUGUCUCCCCUUUGCGUUGCCUAACAGUCACCGGCCCUCAGCAUGGAUAUUGGAGGACUGACCACAGUGGUAGCUAACUCUGCUUACAUCAAUGCUCGUGGAAGCAUCGAUGGCACCAGCACCGCAGCAGCCCGGGAUAAGAAGUACCACUCUCGCCUCAAACUGCCCCACAUCACCGUGUGCGAGCACCUGCGGGAUACCCUGGAUUUGGCCUUUGACACCGUCUGCGUGGAACAGCCUAUAGGCAAACGCCUCUUUAAGGAAUUCCUGGAUUCGAACGCGGAGCACCACGGGGCUUGCCGCUUGUGGAAGGACAUCGAGGGAUACGACCUGGCGGAGGACUCUGACAGAGCAAAGAAGGCCUCAAAGAUCGUCGAGCGCUACAUGGACCCCGCCGCCAAACACUACUGCUCGUUCCUGUCAGAGGACAUCGUAGCUAAGGUGAAGGAAAGCCAGGGAGCUGCGGGCGACGAUUUGUUUGCUGCGGCGAUGGCCUCAACGCUGGACUUUCUGCGGGAGGCGCCCUACGCCACCUUCCUGGAGAGCUUGUUUCUGAAAAGGUAUCUGCAGUGGAAGUGGCUGGAGAUGCAGCCCAUGGACGCGGACUGGUUCCUAGACUUCCGUGUGCUGGGGAAAGGUGGCUUUGGGGAGGUGUCUGCCUGUCAGAUGAAAGCCACGGGAAAGUUGUACGCCUGUAAGAAACUCAACAAGAAGAGGCUGAAGAAGAGGAAAGGCUAUGAGGGAGCGACGGUGGAGAAGAGGAUUCUUGAGAAGGUUCACAGUCGCUUCAUUGUGUCAUUGGCGUACGCCUUCCAGACAAAGGAGGAACUUUGUCUGGUCAUGACCAUCAUGAAUGGAGGAGAUCUCAAGUACCACAUCUACCUGGUGGAUGAGAACAACCCGGGCUUUGAGGAGACAAGAGCCUGUUUUUACAUCGCUCAGAUCAUCCAAGGCUUGGAGCACCUCAACCAGAAAAGAAUCAUCUACAGGGAUCUCAAACCCGAAAAUGUGCUCCUAGAUAACGACGGGAAUGUGCGCAUCUCUGACCUGGGUCUUGCCGUGGAGCUGAAAGAAGGCAAAACACUGACCAAAGGAUAUGCUGGGACUCCAGGCUACAUGGCUCCAGAGAUGCUGAAAGGAGAGAAGUACGACUUUUCAGUCGACUACUUCACUCUGGGAGUGACGCUGUUUGAGUUCAUGGCUGCCAAGAACCCGUUCAGAAACCGGGGGGAGAAGGUUGAGCGCGACGAGAUGAAAGAGCGCAUGCUCACCAGGGUCGUUACCUAUCCGGAUAAUUUCAGUGAGCACGCGCAGGCGCUCUGUGACGGGCUGCUGGCCAAAGAGGUUGAUAAGAGGAUGAGUUUUAAGAACGGAUGCUGUGAUGAGAUCAGAGCUCACCCAUUUUUCAGGGACAUCAACUGGAGGAAACUGAAUGCAGGUAUUGUGCCUCCUCCGUUCGUCCCCGACCCUAAAGUGGUGUACGCCAAGAGCCUGGAUGAUGUCGGGGCUUUCUCCUCAGUGAAGGGAGUCGGAUUGGACGACUCCGACAAGACCAUUUUUGAUGAGUUUUCCUCGGGCAACAUUGCGAUUCCCUGGCAGGAGGAGAUGAUCGAAACGGGCAUUUAUGGAGAGCUCAACAUCUGGGGUCCUCGCGGCGGCGUCCCAAACGAUCUCCGCAGGGAGUCGAUCCUCGAGCAGCCAAAGUCAUCAACCUGCUGCAUAUCAUAGUCAUUGAAACACCUUGAAAAUACGUAAAGCACACAUACAGACGGACAUGUGCUUCUGUAGAGUGUAUGCCAUUUAAUAGAAAGAGCUUUUUUCUUUAUGAGUUUAUGCUCCUUAGUUUUUACUAUCAGCAGCUUAAUGAACUUCUGCUGUUAAAAUACCAAAAGCUGCAUUGUCAGAUGUUUCAUAAUUGCUGACAAAAAAGCACAGCAGAUAGGUUAUUUUGGUCCUGUUGUCAUGAGUCAACUCAGAUUUUGUUUACAACAAAACAUUUUACUUUAAAAAAAAAAACAUUGUUGAAUGAAUCAGAAAUCAACUGUAUGAAAAGGUGCUGGCAAAUAAAAGAGCUUGUUCAAAUUAAAA